CAGCUGAGAAUGACAGAAUUGGUGCAAAUUUUAUUUUCUUGUGAUAGUGUUUUCACACAUAUUUUUGUUUAAAGCAGCUAUAAGUGUUUAUUCAGGCAAUUUAAUAUCAAUUUGCAUUCGGUAAUAUCCUAUUAGAAGGCGCACACCAUUACCUAGGUGUUUAAGUGCUGAAUUGGAAGGAUGUCACGAAAUUCAAAGGGUGGACCAGGUCCAAUACCAAAUCGUUGGCUACAUUGUCCACGGAAAAGUGAAGUUAUAAUUGCUGAGCGAUUUUUAGCUUUUAAAACACCAUUAAGCAGAGCAUUCGAUGAUCAAAUGCCACAAGAAUGUCUUUUUCCUCCAGAAAUGAUAUUUGGUUACUGCAAAACGACAAAGAUGAGCUUGGGCCUUUGGAUCGAUUUGACCAAUACAAAACGCUUUUAUGAUCGUCAAAUUGUCGAAUCACACAAUGCUCAGUAUGUGAAGCUACAGUGUCGCGGACACGGAGAAACACCAUCGCCAGAACAGACACGCUCAUUUAUUGAGAUAGUGGAUCAUUUUAUUAAUGAACGUCCUUUUAAUAUUGUCGGCGUUCAUUGUACUCACGGUUUUAAUAGAACAGGAUUCUUGAUUGCGUCUUACCUUGUAGAACGUCUUGAUUAUUCAAUUGAAGCCGCUCUAGCCAUAUUUGCAGAAGCACGUCCUCCAGGCAUAUACAAGCAGGACUACAUAAAUGAACUAUUUCGAAGAUAUGACGAUGAGGAGGAUGCUCUGCCCGCGCCGCCUUUACCAGCUUGGUCUUUAGAGUACGAUGAUAGUGAUGGAAACAACUCAAAUAGUAGUGGUUUGCUUAAGCGAAAAGCCGAAGAAGAAAAUCAUUUUAAUGACGAUGAUAACGAAGAUGGCGAUGAAGAUGAUAAAUCAGAGGAGCCAAGUGCUUCGAAUGGUGGUGGGCAUAAAAAGAAACGACGCAAGGAAUUGGUAGUAAAAAAUGCAACAUUUAUGAACGGCGUACCGGGCGUUGUACUUGUUACCGAUCAACCAAGACUGGGUGAAUUGCAGCUAAAGGUACAGCAAAUGUGUGGCUGGAAAAAGAGCGGUUUCCCAGGGGCUCAACCAGUGUCUAUGGAUAGGAAUAAUAUAAAACGUUUGCAUGAAAUACCAUAUAGAGUAUCAUGGAAAGCCGACGGAUCGCGGUAUAUGAUGCUUAUUAACAAACGUGAUGAGAUUUACUUUUUCGAUCGUAACAACUCGUGCUUUCAGGUGGAGAAUAUAUCUUUCGUUAAGGCCGGUAAUUUAACUCAACACUUGGAAGAUACGCUUAUAGACGGAGAAAUGGUAAUAGACAAACUUAAUGGUGAAUCCAUACCCCGCUACCUUAUAUACGACGUAGUUAAAAUUUCGAAUUUAGAUAUUGGUUCUAAACCGUUCUUUCCAGAUCGAUUGCGGUGUAUUAAAAAAGAGAUUAUCGAACCCCGCUAUGAGGCUAUAACGAAAGGAUUGAUCAAUAGACCGUUGGAACCAUUCAGCAUACGUCAUAAAGAAUUUUGGGACAUUCGCACAUCUGCCUCAUUAUUGGGAGAAAAAUUUGCGAAGUCGUUAUUGCAUGAACCUGAUGGUUUAAUUUUUCAACCUUCAAAACAACCCUACACUGCGGGUGUUUGUUCAGAUGUACUUAAAUGGAAGCCUUUUCAUAUGAACUCGAUAGAUUUUCGGCUCAAAAUUGCUGUAGAAAACGGACAGGGUAUAUUAACCAGUAAGGUGGGCUUGCUGUUUGUUGGUGGCUUGGAAAGUAAUUUCGCCAAAAUAAAGUAUACGAAAGCAUUAAAGGACUUAGAUAAUAAGAUAAUUGAAUGUUCUGUCAACUCCCAAGGAGAAUGGGAAUUCAUGCGUGAGCGAACGGACAAAAUGCUGCCAAACAGUUACAAUACAGCAGUGUCUGUUUGUGAAAGUAUUCGAUAUCCUAUUACGAAGGCUUAUUUGCUCGAUUUUAUUGCUAACUAUGGCUUUAAAGAUGAUAGUGAUAUGAUGCCACCACCACAACGACAACCGCAACAACACCACCCCCAACAACAACAACAACAGCAACACCAUCAUCAGCAGCAAAAGCACUGCCAGCCGCAGCAUAUGCAACAACAUCCACAAAAACAACAACAGCAACAAGACUAUCAUCAUAAAGAGUUGCAAGACGAACAGCAAUGAAACGGUUAAAUGAAUCAUUUAAUAUAAAUUAAACAUAGAAUGCAUAACAUUUAUUCACAACCGACAUAAAUGUUUACGAGCGGAGAUUUUCCAAAUUUAGACAUGAAAAACAUAAUAAGGAAAUUAUAUUUAAACGCGUUAUACGUAAUUCAAAUUAUGCAUAGCUGACAUACUAAAUAUUAAAAUAAUGAAUAAAUUAAACAAAACAUCUUUUAGAGAAG